UCCCUUGCGUUCAACGUUCUCGACGCCGCCACCGACGCCGACGACGACAGCGACAGCGACGAUGGACUUUCUGCAGUCGAUAGUCGACAGGAUCCAGCACAGGCUGGCCUUUGUCACAUACACGCCCAUCAACUGGAAGGGAUACGUGCAGGCGUUCGACUGGGGCAUCACCCUCUUCGAGACCUACCUCCUCAUCCGCCAGUACCCGCUAUACUCGAAGCCUGAUCCACCGCCUGCUCUCGCCGGACACUUUACACCCGAUGUGUACAAGAAGUCGCAGGAGUAUGGCCGGGACAAGGCCAAGUUCGCGAUCAUAACUGGCCUGCUCAAGCAGGCGCUUGAUUCCGCGGCGCUCCAGUGGGGCAUGGCCGCGUGGUGCUGGAAGCUCGCGGGCAACGCCAUCGGCGUCUUUGGUCUCGGCGCGGAUUACGAGAUCACCCAGUCUAUAUUCUUCGUCUUCAUUCUUGCCUUCCUCUCGUCCCUGCCUACCAUACCCAUCCAAUGGUACCAGACCUUCGUCCUCGAGGAGAGGCACGGCUUCAACAAGACCACACCUAGUCUCUUCCUCAUGGACCAGAUCAAGACGUACGCUAUCUCCGUCGUGCUCGGCGCCCCCUUCCUCGGAUCGUUCUUGUGGAUAUUCAAGUGGGCGGGCGACCGCUUCGUUCCUUGGCUCAUGGGUUUUAUGAUCACCUUCCAAAUGUCUAUGAUCGUCAUAUACCCCACCCUCAUCCAGCCUCUCUUUAACAAGCUGUCCCCUCUCCCACAAGGUGACCUGCGCACGCGUACGGAGAAGCUGGCCACGCGCCUCAACUUCCCCCUCAAGCACCUCUACGAAAUCGAUGGCAGCAAGCGCAGCUCUCACAGUAACGCCUACUUCUUUGGUCUUCCCUGGGCCAAGCACAUCGUCAUCUUCGACACCCUCAUGCAGCAGAGCAAGCCCGACGAGGUCGAGGCUGUCCUCGCGCAUGAGCUCGGUCAUUGGUACCACAAGCACCCGCUCAAGCUCCUCACCAUCUCGCAACUGCACAUCUUUACCAUCCUCGCCGCGUUCCCUGCGUUCCUCAAGUCGCCGCCUCUGCUGCGCUCGUUCGACUUCCCAGCGGAGGUCGCGAAGAAGCCCCCAACGAUGGUGGCCUUCCUACUCUUCCAGAUGAUCUUGACGCCCAUGGAGUCCGUCAUCGGCGCAUGCAUGAACGCAAUCAGCCGCCACUUUGAGUGGGAGGCUGAUCACUUUGCCUGCACGCUGCACGAGCGCCUUGCUGAGCAGGCCAAGGCGUCGGACAAGGACAAGGAAGAAAUCUCGGAAAUGCGCAACAUGGGCGACCGCCUCGGCCGCGCGCUCAUCACGCUGCACGUGAAGAACUUGUCGACGGUUUGGGUUGACUGGAUGUACUCUGCAUACCACCACUCGCACCCCACGCUUACCGAACGGUUGAAGGAGCUCGAGGCUUACAAGACUGAACAGCAGUCAAAGCUCAAAAAGGCAACAUAGUUGCUCUUAUGCUGUAGUGCUGGCGAAUUCAAUCUCUGAUAGCAAUAUAUUUAUUUGCUCUGUAGAGUAUAGUUUCUUUCUCACCUAGUGUCAUAAGGUUUGAGCAUUUGUGUGGUGUUUUUGGCAGGCUGCACUGCCGCACCGUGUGUGAGGUGACUGCACUACUGUACCGGUAUGAAUGGAGGCAACCGUAACACGUAACGGUGCCCAAAAAAGUUGGCUAUAUGAGGUGGUGUAACACAUGACGGAGGGGUUUGUUGCCAGC